AUGGAUGUGACAAACGCAUUUUUGCAUGGAGACUUAGAUGAGGAGAUCUAUAUGACUUUACCUCUCGGCUACACUCCUGCUAAUGGCGUUCUUCCUCCGAAUCCCGUCUGUCGUCUCCACAAAUCCAUCUAUGGCCUGAAGCAAGCUUCUCGUCAAUGGUACCAUUGCUUCUCGGGUGUCGUUUUGAAGGCUGGUUUCGUGCAGUCUCCUGGUGACAAUACACUCUUUGUCAAGGUCACCGAGACGUCUUUCAUUGCUUUGCUCGUCUACGUUGAUGACAUUCUGAUUGCAACGAACUCUGAUGUUGAAUUGGAGUCUCUGAAGCGUCAUCUUCAUGCUGCUUUCAAAAUCAAAGACAUUGGCGUUCCCCAAUUUUUCUUGGGUCUGGAGAUAUCCCGUUCUGCCAAAGGCAUUUCCAUCUGUCAGCGCAAGUAUGCUUUGGACAUUUUGACGGCAACGGGUCUCCUUGCUUGCAAACCGGUUUCUGUUCCUAUGGAUCCGACGUUGAAACUACGAAAAAAGGACACCGGCACACCUCUUGCCAGCAGCGAGAUUAUAGGUCGCCUACUCUACUUGACGAUCACUCGCCCUGAUAUUACUUUUGCGGUCAACAAUCUCAGUCAGUUCCUAUCUUGCCCUACGGAUAUUCAUCUUCAAGCUGCUCAUCGCAUCUUGCACUAUAUCAAGGCGAAUCCGGGUCAAGGCUUAUUCUAUCCGGCUGAUUCUGAGAUUUGUUUGAACGCUUUUACCGAUGCUGAUUACGCUACUUGCCCCGACUCUCGUCGUUCUGUUUCUGGCUACAUGGUCUAUCUUGGCAAGUCACUGAUUUCGUGGAAGUCGAAGAAACAGCAGACCGUGAGUCGCAGUAGUUGUGAGGCUGAAUAUCGGAGUAUGGCCCUUGCUACUUGUGAACUUCUAUGGUUGUCUCAACUUCUCCGGGAUAUGAAGAUUACACCUUGCUCGCCAGCUAAACUAUUCUGCGACAACAAGGCAGCUAUGCAUAUUGCGAGUAACCCGGUCUUUCACGAACGCACGAAGCAUAUCGAGGUGGAUUGUCAUACGGUGCGUGACCAAGUGAAGAGUGGAUUCAUGAAGCUUUUUCAUGUCACGAGUGAGAAUCAGCAUGCUGACAUCUUGACGAAGGCCCUGCAUCCAGGUCCUUUCUACAAUCUUCUACAUCGCAUGUCCAUUUCAAGCCUUUUUCAUCCACAAACAGCUUCCAUCAUUCAGCAUGAUCCUGAUCCUGCUGCUGUCCCUGUUUUGCUUCUAAAGGCUUGA